CCGCGCUGCCUGCACCUCUACCGUCUCGGUAGUGAGGGUAUGUUGAUUGGCUGAGAGCCGGCUAGUGGAGACCAGCCUGAAACAUCACGAGAUAUUGACAUGGAUGAUGAAGAUGGCAGGUGCUUGCUAGAUGUAAUUUGUGACCCACAAGCUCUCAAUGACUUUCUUCAUGGAUCAGAAACACAACUGGACACUGAUGACCUUUUGGAUGGCUCGAGUGACCCGUCCAGCUCAUUCUUCUCCACUGCUGGGGGACAUGUUCCUGAAGUCCAGCCACAGGCUCAGCUAUCGACGAGUGAGCCAUCUGGGCUGCCCCGAGUCAGCGUUGAUUUGGACUUUCUGGAGGAUGAUGACAUCCUUGGAGGCUCACCAGGAGGAGGUGGCGAUGGUGGAAGCAAUGGUGUCGGGUCAAAUCACGAACCAUGUGACAUUCUGCAGCAGAGUCUGGCGGAAGCCAACAUCACAGAGCAGAGCCUUCAAGAAGCAGAAGCUGAGCUUGAUCUCAGCUCCUUUGGGCUAACUAGUCUGACACAGGUGGUCCAACCACUGCCUGAUGCUGGUUUGCCUGGGGUGGGCAUUGGAGGUGCUACUCAGAUCUUUCCUGGCCAGGGUACCACUACCACACCUUCCAGUGCAACCACAGACAUGCUUGGCUCUGUCCUGGCUCACCCAGGCCUGCAGAUACAACCGCAGGUAAUGAACAAGGCCAUCAGUGUCCAACCAUUCAUGCAGCAAGUUGGACUUGGAAAUGUGACCCUUCAACCCAUUUCAAGCCUUCAGGCCCUGCAAAAUGGUAGCCAGACUGGACAUUUGGGCAUUGGACAGAUUCAAGUCGUGGGCCAACCCACUGUAAUGACUAUCAACCCGUCUGGUCAGCAGAUCUUGACUAAAACCAUGGGUGGCUAUCAGCUGCAACAACCCGGGCCUGAUGCAGCAAAUGCCGGAGCUCAGGCUGGUCUUGGAGGUUCUGUGCUUAGCUCUGGAGGGGGACUUUUAAUUCAGGGAGGCAAGGCCACUCUAGGGUCCCCGUCUUUGAAUGGUCCAGCCGUUUGUGUCAGCACCACAAAUACCAACAGCAGUGGUACCACAAUGGCCGCAGCGAGUGGUAUAGUAGGAUUUAGUAGUGCUCCCCUAAGCACAGGAAUUGGAUCUCAAACUCAGCCUCAGCCCCAGAGCCAAAUUAUGCAGAAUGUUAUCAUCCAGCGUACACCAACUCCAAUACAACCCAAACCUCCACAAGGUGGCACCAUCCAACCCAAACCCUUUAAACAGCAGCAGCAGCAGCAACUUCCAGCCCCGCAUGCAUUGCAGAAUGAUGCCAGUAAGGCUCUUGGGGUGCAGCAAGUCCCUGCAUCUGCAGCUCAGAAUGUAGCCUUCCUCACUGGCAAGCCAGGUUCAAAUGUUGUUUUGAGCACACAGACCACCACACAGGGGGCACAGUUCCCCCAAGCUCUGUUUAAACAGCAGGGUGCUCCUGCAACAGGUAAACCCCUUAGCGUUCACUUACUAAAUCAGCAGGGCAGCAUUGUCAUUCCUUCCCAGGCUGUACUACAAAGUCAGAACCAUCAGUUUCUCCUGCCUCAGCUUCAGACUGGAGGUCAGAUUUUGACUCAGCACACUGGGGGUCACAUCAUCACCAGUUCGGGACCAGGUGGACAGAUAAUUGCUGCCAAUCAAAUCUUGACAGCCAAUCAGAACAUCAAUCUCAGCCAGGUACUGGCCUCACAGGGUCAUCCUGGUGCUGCCCACAUUCUCUCUGGGCCCAUCCAGCUCCAGUCUGGUCAGAUGGGUCAUCCCACACUAUUUCAGAUGCCUGUCUCCAUAGCCCAAACACAGAAUCAAGCUCAUUCAGUUACAGGACAUGUUCAAACGGUUAUACAGGGCAUGCCUAUACAAAAUUCCGUGUCAAUAGAGGGGCUGAGCCCUGCAGUCAGUUUGCAACCAACCCUUCAGCAGCAGGCCGGUGGCAUUCCCACCAACAGCAGCACUGGAGCAGCAGCCAUGGCACAGUGCCAGCCAGGAGAGAACAUCACCGUGCUUGGUAGCUCAACCGAGCAAGCUGUCCAACCCCAGGUGCAACCACAAACACAACCCCAAACCUCCAUCCUUACUGUACAGACAGGUCCAUCAGUUUCAGCGUCUGUAUCAGUCCCCUCCUCUACAGCUCCAUCGUCUUCAGUGGCUACAUCUACAUCCUCUGUGACCACAGUGGGUUUGGGACCCCAGGCUCAGCACAGUCCAGGAAAGGUGUUGUUCACGCCCCCAGGCUCUAGCAUGAUCCUCAGCCAGGAGCCCGUGCAGAUGUUCCUGCAGCAGGACCAGCAGCACCAAGCAGGGAAAGACCCACCUGCCUCUGUGGGCGUACCUGCAUCUGUUAUCGUCAGCGGCGGCAGCUCUGGUUCCGCCCCUACAGGCCAUGACAACCUGUUAGCCGAAACACGCCCGGGGCAGAGUCCGAGCCCCUCCCUUGGUCCCGCUCACAUGGCAGCAUUGGUUAACAAGGUUCCAUCAGCGGCACAUCAGCAGGCUCUAAAAAUCCAAAGCGCCUCACCCUCUCAGACCGUGGCCCCUCACAGUGUAACUCCGACUCUGUCUGACAGCCCACAGCCCUCUCAGGCUUCACCUCUUACGCUAGGCCAACAGAUCCAGUCCCCUCACCCUCCUCCGCAGUCCCGGCCUCCCUCUCAGCCCCAGGCCCAGCCACCCUCUCAGUCUCAGACACCCACUCGUGCAUGCACGCCUUCCUCUUUACCUCCAUUGUUUAUAAUACACAAUCAGAUUGGGGGUUCUCCACAACCACCUCAGCUAGCUGCACAGUCUGCUCAGCAGACACAGCCUCAGCAGAUUCAAGUUCAGAUCCCCCAGGUUCUUCCCCAGCCACUCCCUCAGCCUGUGAUCCUUCAGCAAGAGCAACCGCCCUCCUCCUCUUGCUCCCCAAAGCCUCCUACAGUACCUCCCACCUUCCAGUUUGCGACACCCACAGUAGGUACCCCCACUGGGCCAGUGGCAAAACAGCAGAUCACGGUGCCAGGCCUAAGUGCCGAACAACAGCACCAUUUACAGCUGAUUAACGCCCAACUACAAACCAUGUCAUCGAUUGCCCAGCCCUCACCGCAACAGAAACAGCUGUUGGAAAAGCUCCACCAGGUCCAGCAAAACAUCCUACUCCAGGCCAAACAACAAGCUCAAGCUCAAGCCCAGGGCCAGGUGUCUCAGCCUCAGGCUGCAAGUCAGUUCAGCAAACUACCUGAGCAGCCCACAGCCCAGGUAGUGACGUCAUCAGCUGGCACUGCUAUUAGUGGAUCAGUCCCACCUCUGUUACAGCAGAAAUCUGUGCUUGUCAAGUCCUCUGCUACAGGUUCAAACGACACACAGGUACUUUCUGGAGCUUCAGGACCUGCUGUGGUUUCGGUUAACCAGGGAAUAGCCCCCCCAAACCUAGCUCAGGCUGCUCAGGCAAAGACAGGGGUCAUAAGUGGAGUUGGAGGGCUCACAUUAGGUAAACCAGGGUUACAGAUUCAGGUUCUGAGUAGUGGACUCUCGCAGAUGCCUGCACCACAACCUCCUGCUCCUGUUCAAACACAGACUGCAGCUUUAAAAAGACCUUUUAGUAUGGAGCCCAGCAAAGAAGCGCGAAUGCUGGAACAACUGAGGAAGCUUCAGGGUUCUGUAUUGCAUCCGGACUACAGCUCGCCUUUCCGCUCUUUCGAAGACACUCUGCACCGACUGCUGCCCUACCACCUGUACCAAGGCAUGGCUCCCUCCCCUCAAGAUUACCGCAAAGUGGAUGAUGAGUUUGAAAAUGUCUCCUGCCAACUUCUAAAACGUACACAAGCUAUGCUGGACAAAUAUCGUCACCUGCUGUUUGAGGAAUCAAGGAGGCUGGGUCCUUCUGCUGAGAUGGUGAUGAUUGAUAGGAUGUUCAUCCAGGAAGAGAAGAUAGCGUUGAACCAGGAUAGGAUACUGGCUAAAGAAAAGCCAGAGGAGUUCGUUGCAAACUCAUGUUUGCUGACCAGAACUGCAGACAGUGCUGUGAGGCCUACACCAGUUGAGCUGAGCUCUGUCCGAACAGGGCCAUCUGCUGUUGCAGCACCUCAUGCAGCAGCAACCCCAUCUCCAGCUCCUCCCUCAGUUACACCUGCUACCACUGCAGCUACCACUGCAGCUCCCACUCCUUCUCCUUUCCCUCCCACCAAACUAGUGAUAAAACAAGGAGGAGGGGGAGCACUGGUGUCCUGGUCCACUAGCUGCUCCCCUACACCUGCAGCAGUGGUACGACCCAGUCCAGAGCCUGCAGCACAGGCCUCUGAGCGCUCUUUUGGCCGCACCUCUUCCUCCACUCGUUCUGCUGAUGACGACGAUGAUACGCUCCCUCAGCGGACCAGCAAACCACCCAUCAAGACCUAUGAGGCACGGCAGCGAAUCGGCUUAAAGUUGAAGAUAAAGCAGGAGGCAGGGUUCAGCAAAGUGGUCCACAACACUGCCUUAGACCCUGUUCAUUCGCAAACCCAACACACCCCACAGCCACAGACCCCUGAGCCACUGUCCAAAAGCAGACCCCAUGUAACCCAAACAGCCACAGUUAUUAGGACUCCACCCCCAACUUGUAACCCCACCUCCUCCACCAUUUUCAGUGCAGUGACCACACAUGCCAGUUCCACCUCUGGUGGUGCAGUUUCUUCCACUGCCCCUUCUUCCUCUGUAUCUCACUCAUGGUCAUCUUCAUCUUCCUCUUCCACCUCUACUGCCCAGAUGAAUGGCACUCUGGAGCACAAUGAAGUGGGCGGGGUCAAAGGGAACCCUACCUCCACAUCCACGCCUCAGUUGACCACCUGCCGUCUCCCAUUACGCAAAACCUACCGGGAGAACAUCAGCCCUCGUCACCGACCAGGAGUACCAGGGGGUGGUGAUAUAUUGCCCAUCCCACCACCGGCACCCCCAGGGCCCCUCACCUCCUCUCCAAAAUCAGAACGUACGGUGAUUGCCAGUGUGAAGCUGGAGCGGCAGGGUGGCAGUGGGCCCACCCAGCCCCACAGUGACCCUGGUUCACAGGGCCUGAUGGCAGUAGAGGACGAAUUCUUUCGUGGAAUCAAAAAUGCUUAUCACCACCAUCACCACCAACAGCAGCAGCAGUUCUCUGACAAAGAGGACGAGGAGGAUGGGGACAGCAGGGACCGUGUGGGGAGGGUGAAAGGGUUGGUGAGUAAAAACAGAGAGAGGGCACUGGGGACGUUUCAGAUGGACCAGCAUGCACCAGGCCCUCCGUCUCCAGGUGAAACGUCCUGCACAAGAGACUCCUCACUUCCUGCAAAACGGUGUAAAUCAGACUCCCCAGACAUGGACAAUGCUAGCUUCUCAAGUGGCAGUCCCCCACCGGAUGACUCUCUGAACGAACACCUGCAGUGUGCCAUAGACAGCAUACUGAACCUGCAGCAAGGCCCAGGCAGGGGACCCAUGGGCAGGGUUCAUACUACGAACCUAAGCAACCAGCACCAAACUCAUCACCGCCAGGGCACAUCAUCAUCAUCUUCAUCAACAUACAGACACUCUCUCUCUUCCUCUUCUUCUCCAUCUUCAUCUUCCAUGUCCCAGCACCCACAGGUAGGGGGCCGAGGGCAGAAUGGAAGUCUGGUGUCACAGACUCACAGUAGAUAACAGCCCCUGUAGUCAGUAAACGCUGAAAGACAAGGGCAUAAGGGGUCUGGGAGGGAGAGAGGCGUGAAAUGGAGUUUCACUUUCUUCUGUUCAGCUGUGUUUGCCUUGUUUGUCUAUGGAUGGUGACUGAAGAAUAAUGUUCUCUUGGUUUACAUAUGGCCCUGUAAGUGUACUUGUGAAAGGAUGAAGUGCACUUUGACAUGGUUUUGCUCAUUUUUGUUGUUCUUUUUUGUGUUCUUGGGUGGGAAGCUUCAGGCCAGUUCCUAAUCAGUUUGUUGUUGACAGGGGUUCACUGUCUUUUUUCUUGCAAAAAUGCAUUAUUAAUGAUAUAAUGGGGUAAGAUGGCUCAAUCAUUUGUCAAUUUGAUUUAUGUACUUUUUAAAAAAUAAUUGAUCUGAUUUAUGGUCCCUGAUGAAUUUAUUACAACUAUAGCAUCCUGUCUUUACAGUAUAUGUUCAUUUUUGGUGACAUUUUUAUUCAUAUUAAGUGAACUUACUUAACUGCAGUGUAAUUUUUGAUUUUGGCAUUAGGUCUCUUUGUCCACUAGAGAGAGACCGGUGUAAAAUUGGUUCAGCACAAAAUCAUGUCAUUUACAAUGAUACAUAAACUGAAUCAGCACCCAAUAGUUAGUGUAGCAUUUCCCCUAGAAAGACAAAUAUUGAAAAUCAUCCAUAGAAACAAGUUCUUUGUUUUAGGAAAUGUUUCUGAUCCAUUGAGCACUGGCAUUGACAGACACAUUCAUGAAAUUGAAAGAAGUAGCAGAGCUGUUGACCUAAAAUCAUGCUACCAUCUGGAGCACAUUACAGAGAACACCUGUGCAGGGUUUUUUUGUUUGUUUGUUUUUUUGGAGGGGGUUGCUAUUAGAACCUCAGAAUUACCUCUUAAAUUUUCCCAAGCGACUUUAACAACCUCCAAGAAAGGUUGAAGGCAAAUCCAAGGAUACCCAAUGCUGCUCUUGGCGAUCUACCCUCUUUCAUAGUAUAUUUCCAUCUGUCAAAUCUGGUGAGAAUUUUCAGAUGCACCUGAAGAGCUUAAUUAGAUCGAUCGGAUGUGUCAAAUUACUGUUGACAAUAAGCUCAGCAGGAGGGGACAUCUCCAGGAGCAUAGUUGUGUACCUCAGGUAAAAUCACACAUCCUUUGAAAAAUCAGUUAUUUUGGUGGUUCUCAGUCCCACUCCUGGGGAGCCCAAACACUCCAGUGUUUUGUAUUUUCUCUGAAUCAGGAAUAGUAGAGCAGAAAAUGCAAAAACUGCCGUGUCAUGGGGUUGUGAAGACUGGGGCUGAGUUAUGCUUGUUUUAGUCAGUAUUUUCUGUCUGUGUACUAUCUCAGACAUUUAAGGCCCUAAGGUCACCCUCCUAAUUUAUUUAUAUUUAUUUUUUGUACACAUACUUAGACUCCUUCGAAGCCCUUUGGACAAUUCAAAAGCAAACACAGCUUAAGCAAUGACAUGGAAAAAGAACAAUAAUAAUGUAAAGGAAAAAAUAGAACUGUAAGAAUUUGAAGUAUAGUACUACAAAUUAAUUUUGUAUUGUAUUUAUUGUGUAUAAUGACACUUUUUAAAAAGAACUGUACAUUUAGUAAAACUGUAAAUUAAACCUUGCUUCUUUUAUGAAAGAA